AUGCAGGCGAUUGAAACGAUAGAGGACUUGUCCAAUAUCAAGGCCUAUGAGUUAGGGAGGUAAGCAGCCCCCUGAAGCUCGGCCACAACUUUAUAUGCUCUGAAUAAAAAAGAAGCUUGCCACUCACAGAGCCAAGGUACCAGCUCUGGGGGUGUCCGCAUGAGCGGUGAGUCCAACGCCAGACGUGAAACUGCGGAAAGUCGGAGGGCCCAAGUGGAAGAGCCCGCGGAAACUUCCGGAACGCAGAGGGACGGAGAGGGUAGUACCCGCUCGCAGCACUCUGUGGCACUGGUUGCGGAAGAGGGUAUCACUGCGCUUGCCGCACGGUAUGCUAGACUACAUGUUAGGGGCAUACGUACCCUUUGUAGGGUCUGGCAAGAGGGUCUCGUGGUCUCAAAGGCCCGAGUGAAUGGUUGGAAGGCAUGUGAAUUACUGUUUUUGCUGGAAGUAAUGCACAUGCAGACAGAACGAGGGAGACCGGGAGCCCAGGCCGUCGAACUCUCUCAGGUAGCUGGGAUUAGACGAGGUCACCAGGCGAUCCGAAAGGUGUAUUCGGAAUUAUCAAGGGGAGCCGAGAAAUAUUCUCAAAUCAUUAUCAGAUAUAAGGCAAUGGCUCCCCUCGCCUGGUUGGACGACCCGGCAUCCUUUAUUAUAAAUAGGUCGGAACAGGAACGGGGUGAAAGGAAUAGGGAAAGUGGAGCAGAACUGGUGAUGGAUACCUCUUCGGAGGAAAGUGGAAGUUCGGUUAACGUGUCAAAUACUAAAUGCAUCAAUAAAACUACCCAGAACACUGGGAGCACUGUUAUCCCUGCUAGGCAGAACAAUGUUGUUAACCCUGACAAUUACAUAAUGUCAAGUCACCCAGGUAACGGGGAUUACACUGGCGUGAGUGAAAAGGAAUCGGUGUGGAACUGCAGGUUCUUGUGAGAGUCGUUGAUAGGGUGAAGCUAGAAAAGAAAAGGCGAUUGACUAAUGAAGAAGGUGGCUGGAUUAAGAAGAUACUAACUAGGUGCAAGUUAGAGUCGAUCGUCUACGAAACAGAUAUGCGCUGGCUGCGUGCUAACGCAGCACUGUAUUCGGCGAUUAAAGUAAUAGCAGAACCCAUAGGUGAACCGAAACUUUCGGAUCAAGAACAACAUCAGAGGUGGCUGGGGAAUAGGUUAAGGGAGGAGUUAGCCACAAGGCAAAAGAUUGGCAAGUGUGAGACUUGCAAGGCUCUGUUAAGGUGUAACAGAGACCUAAGUCGAAAAGAAUGGUAUCUGGUCCGUAGAGGCCAAGGAAUAAUGACCAAAUUCCCCGGCAUGGACCUCGAUGGAGUGAUUGAGCACCUAAAGCAACGCUUGAGCAUAAUUAAAGAAAAGGUGGACGUAAGACGAAAUGAGAAUACGCGUAAGCAGAACAGACGAGCUGCCGGCCGGUAUGGUCAUGAAAUUAGAAAGAAACAAGGUGGCGUGGUGAAUAUUAAGGAUGCUACCAGUUUCUGGUCACGGCUAGCCCAAGCCGAUGGCAAACAAGUUAAAGGCAACUCAAGUGUGUUCAGCGAGUGGGAGGCGGCCCUUGCGCCCCAACUCAACGAAAGCCCAGUAGAUAUUUCCCUAAUGGCGGCGAAAGCUCUAAAACGUGCGAAACCAUGGAAAGCUCCGGGCCCAGACGGAAUCUAUAACUUUUAUUGGAAACUUGACGGCGCUAAAGAAUGGCUACUUGAAUUAGCGUCCGUAUAG